UUAACUUUAUAAAUACUCACAGUUUGUCGGUGUGGAACACGGAGACCAAGCUUUCCAGUCAGACAUGAAGAAGCUUGUUUGUCCGAUUGGAAAUACUCUAACUGAACGCUUCCGAGGCAUUGGGAAUCCUGACUGAUCGACCGAUUGGUGCUUGGAGAAAGAACAAAAUGGCAAGAAGCAACCGUACCACGGUAACUGAAUUUGUCCUCAUGGGGUUCACAGAUCGCCCUGAGCUGCAGCUUCCCCUCUUUGUGGUGUUCCUGACAAUUUAUCUCAUCACCCUGGUGGGAAACCUUGGCAUGAUACUGCUCAUCAAGGUGGAUUUGCGGCUCCACACCCCCAUGUACUAUUUCCUCAGCCACCUAGCUUUCAUUGAUCUUUGUUACUCCUCUUCAAUUGGGCCCAAGAUGCUACAAAAUUUAUUGGUGAAGGAAAAAACCAUCUCCUUUUUGGGCUGCUUUGCCCAGCUCUACUUCUCCAGUGCUUUUGCCAUCACUGAAUGCUUCCUCUUGGCCACAAUGGCCUAUGACCGCUACAUGGCCAUCUGCAACCCCUUGAUUUACACAGCCAUUAUGACACAGCGGGUCUGCAAGGAGUUGGUGAUUGGGGUCUAUAGCUAUGGCUUCCUAAACUCUGUGAUACAGACCGUUCUGACUUUCCAGUUGUCCUUCUGUGACUCCAACAUCAUUGACCAUUUCUAUUGUGCUGACCCACCUCUCCUCGCCCUCUCCUGCUCCGACACCCACAACAAAGAAAAGCAGCUCUUGGUCUUCUCCGCAGUGAAUCUCACUAGCUCCCUCCUGACUGUCCUCAUCUCCUACAUUUGCAUCCUCUUUUCCAUCAUAAAAAUCCAGUCUUCCGAAGGCAAGUGCAAAGCGUUUUCCACUUGUGCCUCCCACCUCACAGUGGUCAUCAUCUUCUAUGGAACGCUCUUUUUCAUGUACCUGCAGCAACCUAAAGCAGAGAAUUCCUGGAAGUACAACCAAGUGGUCUCUGUGUUUUACAGUCUUGUAAUUCCCAUGCUCAACCCUCUGAUCUAUAGCCUGAGGAACACAGAAGUAAAGGACACCCUGAGGAAGAUGCUAGAGGGCAAGGAGUCAUAGUGGAGUCAUGUUUUUUAUUUCUGUUUUCACAGAUUUGAUAGUCCAACUUUGUGAGAGAUAAAUCUAUAUAAUGUGUUGCUGUUAAUGGAGAUAGGUAAAGAAAAAUCUCUUAAUUUUUUUUGUAGGCAGGAAUAUGAGCACGCUAUGGUCUUUCCAAGCCUCUAUUCUAACGCUUCUUCCCAAAUAAUUCUUAAGACACACAAAUCUGCCACAAACCAUUAGAUUUCCUCCCCUAAACUCUUUUCAAAUGUGAUUAUUACUUUGACUUUUAAAAAUAGCUAGGAAUAUAUAUCACCAAUCAAUUACAAGUACGUUUAAAAUUAAUCAAGGAGGGGGGAGGGUAUAGCUCAAGGGGGAGGGUAUAGCUCAGUGGUAGAGUGGAUACUUAGCAUGAAUGAGGUCCUGGGUUCAGUCCCCAGUACCUCUAUGAAAAAAAAAAAAAAAAUAUAUAUAUAUAUAUAUAUAUAUACCUAAUUACCUCCCCCCCAAAAGUUAAUCAAGAAACUAAGGGAUCCUUGUUGCACCCAAAUCUACUUCUCACAUAAUAUGAUGGGAAUCUUUGUUUUAUUGUUGCUUGUGAUCUAGUCAUUUAGAAAAAUAAAAAUAAUUAAAUAUUUGUAAUUCUUCUUACUUAGCUCAAAUAGGCUUUCUGGAGAGUUGAGUUGUAAGCUGUAUUCCUAAACACUUGGAGAUAGAGUGUUGGCUGUGGUUAAAAAAAAAGAUACUAUCAGGAUAAAGGAAAAGAGUCAGGAAGGGUAUGAAGCAAGCCUAAGAGGUAGGAGAGCUUGCAUAGGUAAUGAGCAAGAGAGGAGAAAGCAAAGCAGACAGGAAAGUGAUGAAGAAUAAUGGGAGGCAGAGGCUCAGAUCAUGACCUCCUGAAAAGUUACCAAGUCAUCUCUUCAUUCUGCACGCCAGCACCCAUCACAGUUUCUGGUACAGAACAAACAUAUCACAACCAAUUGCUGAAUUGAUUUGUUCUCUUCUAUAUGUAUUUCUAAUUCCAAUGGAAGGGUAGACAUGGUGCCCAGUAAUAAUGGCCCUGUGGUUGGGAUAUAACAGAAGAAGGAAGCUACUAAGGUCAUGACAAGAAAAUUUUUUUUCUUUUCUUUUUUUAAAAUUGAGGUAAAAUUGGUAUAUAAUAUUAUAUUAGUUUCAGGUGUACAACAUAACAAUUCAAUCUUUGUGUACACUACAAAGUGAUUACCACAGCAAGAGGAAGACUGUUUUUUAACAUCCUCCCCUAUGAGGCUAACAUCUUUAAUGCAGGAAGACAUAUGAAGGCAACAACACAGCCUGGCCAGUGAAAGAAAUACAUGUGGGAAGUCGGUGUAUUGGGAAGAUGGUAGUAGCUAGAGUUACCGAUGCUCCAUGUCAGGCAAGGGACCAUUACUAUAUUGAGACAAAGAAAAUGAUCAGGUACCAACACUUAGAUGAGAAAUUAUGUUUUCAAUAAAAGGCCAUACCCAUUUCUUCCAAUUUUUUCAAACUAUUUCCAUAUCAGUUUCAUUUAGAAAGAGAAAAUAAAAACAGUAAAUAGAUAUCACAUGUUUUAGUACAAUCCUCUCAGCAAAUGCAUUAUAAUCAUAUUUUUAAAGGACUGUUCGGUCUAAGACUUCAUUUCAUCAGUUCUUCAGUUCUUUUUAGAGAAAACUGAAGAAGAUAUGUCACAGGACCUCUCCAUAAUGCCUCCCCAGCAGCUGAAUUUGUCUGCUUUGUUCAGUGUGCUUCUUUGAUUUCCUAUAAAGCAAAGUAGAAAAUUGAGAAUAUUGUAUUCACAGAUUGUGAAGGAUGUAAGUCCAUAUUUUUCUAAAUUUCCCAAAGACCUAAAAAGCAAAGAAAGGGGGAAAGGAUCUGAAUUAGCUCAAUUUUGAGCUUAUAUUUUCUAUCUCCUUUCCCACUGGGGCUCCUUAGUCUUAUAAGUUUAUGUCUCUGAUUUGGGCUAUUUAAGAAAAUUCUUCAAUCAAUUAUUUACAUUUUAAAAAAUCUGUUGCACAAUGUACACACAUAUAGUAUUAAAAUGACAACAUUUAAGCCAUAAGAGAAACCAGCAUGAUUAUGCAUCUUUGUUCACUUAUAAAGUGAGGCUGUUUCAAUCAAUACUCAUAACAACUAUACUAAUUUUUUGGCCCAAAAUAAACACUGUCUUCUGAAUAAGUAAAUGUUACCAAAAUAAUGAAAAUUUUCCUUUAUCAGAUUUUAAAAGUCCAACAUUUCAUUCAAAGUGAAAAUAAAACUGCUCUCACAUAUAAAUAAAAUGUAAAUCCAUUUUCCUCAUAGUAAUCCUAAAAAUGAAUGUUAUUUGCCAGCCUUCACUACACAGACAAUUUUCAUUGACACAUGUAAUAUGUAGCUGAAAUUUAUGACAAAUAUAUGUAUAAAUUUAUAUUCAUUUGCACAUAAAAUGCUGACUGCUUCAAUGGGCUAAAAUUUAAAUUUCUUAUUUCUUCUCAUUUAAUAUUCUAUUGAUUUGCCAUGCUUAGAAAGAAGCCAAAAGAAUUUUUUUUAUUAUGUUGAUCAUGGGAAAGGAAACCAAGAGGGCAAUUACUAUAUUCAUUUCCUUUUGUAUUAUUUGAUGUGUGUAAAUAUUUCAGAAACCUCAGAAUUUUUAAAUCUCAAACAUGCACCCAGAUUUUCAACUCCGUCUGGAUGUAUAAUUCUAGCAUUCUUUGGAGAACAGGGUGGAAUCGCAAAAUGUUAAUUCAAUGCUUAAUUCAGAGUGGCUGCCGCCUGCCAUUAAGUGGUGCACCCACCAGAGAGAUAGGGAGUCACUGAUGUCAGAACUUGGAAAGUUCAGGCUCCUGGGAAGGUGACAGAUUUAGCCUAUGCUUCCAAGCUCUUCUUUUUUUUUCUUUUUUUCCUGUAAAAUUACAAACGUUUAGCAAAUAACUAGAACUUCCAUUUUUGGUAAGGUAGGGCAGAUUGAAGAGGGGAAAGAUCAGCUAUUUUAGAAAAUCAAAUAAUUAUCUCAAUGCCAUGGCAACAGCUUGACUGUCCUAACAGACAGUUUCCAGAAGGUUUUAUUCUGUAGUCUGAAAGAAAGUGUUUUAUUCCUACAAGCUUACUUUCUUGGGUUUGGUGUGUUGACCACUCUGGCACUGGGACACCUACCACCCUGCAGCUUCUGCCCCUCCUUACAGGCAAUCUCAUUUGCCAACCACACCAGACGUGGUCCAAGGAUGCAGGAUAGGACGGGGAGCCAGCCAGGUGCAAACACUCUCCAGCCCACCCCUGGCUCACCUUCAUCUGGGGUUUCUAUGGCGUCUGCAUGCUUCUCAUACUUGAGCAAGAGUAGGGAGAGCUCCUGCCAUCUCUGGGUUUCUCACAGAAGGUUUUUAUUCCACUUCCAUUGCCUUUCCUCUGAGAAAGAACCAUUUUUAACUCUUCCUUAUCCCUACCAUCCCGUUUCAUGUGAAAGCUAACAUCAGCAAUAGUAUGCUUCCUUAUCUCCUCAUUUGCUUUAGGAAAACUAGCAAGUAGCUUUUCUUGGAAAUCUUUCAGAUGCAGAGCUUAAAUUAAUGUUAAUUAUAAAAGAGUAGCAAAUUGAAAGGAAAUUCUAAUUAAUGUUAUUUAUAUUGGGGGAUCAUUUUUACAAAGAAAUGUUGAAAUAUCUUUCACAAAUAUUGGGGUGUCUUUCCUUCUUAUAUUUAGCACAAAUCACAUACAGGUCCUGUGGUGUCCACAGGUGCAAAAUAACAACUCUAUCAGCUUUAAUCUGAGUUCUCUGCUCUAUUUUAAUUCAUUACAUUUAAUAAAUUAAUUAGGUGUUAAAAGACUUCUAAGGUUUCUCUCUCAGCCUAUUCACAUUUCUCUGUACAUUAAUUGUUAAUUUAUCAAAAGAAGUGCGUGUGUGAAGUGCGUGUGUAAAUUGCAGGUUUACUAAACCUGCAGCUGGCUUCUGAUAACGUUUAUAAAUCCACAUUUUGGAACCAUGGAAUAAAUGCCUGCAUGCCAAGCGAUCAAAAUAAAUUAUGCUGGGCCUAGAAAGAAAAAAAAAAGUAUGAUCUGGGAGGUGAAGGUGAAGAUUUUGCUUACAAUUAAAAAAAAAAAAAAGCAUGACCUCAAAAACAGGCCUUCGAAGCCUGUAGCAGGGCUGGCGGUGUAGCAAGGAGACCAGCCAGGACACUCGAGGUCUUGAGUCCUAGGUCUGCUCUGAACCACCCUAUCAGUCAAAUGGCUUGAUCUGUAUGAGCCUUCACUUUUUCAUCUAGAAAAUGAAAAUAACAUCUUGCAGGGUAACUAUAAGGGUAUACGCAAGUGCAUUUUAAACAUUUAAAAGUAUAAAGCUCUUAUUUUUAAUAAGACUCUACCACUUCCAACGAGUUCAAUUUACAGAAUCUUUGAUUUGAAGCAAGUAUUUGGAAAAUUAUUGCCUAAAAACUGUUUUUACAAACUAUGGAAGCUCGCAAAUGUCUCCAAUAAUGGCUUUUCUUCAUUUCAUCUGCCUGAUUGGAAAACUUAGUACGGCCCGUUUCCAAUUCCCAGGCACUCUGGUCCCAAAGGCUGUUUUCAAGUCAGUGAUCUGGAACGUGGACACCCUGUCUCCCAGAAACACAGUUGCACGUGAUCUGCUCAACUCAGACCAUGAAAGUCUUCUUAACUCAUCAUGUCUCCGCUGACACAACUUUGACCCUGAACCACUACAGCUCACUUAUUCCCGUAGAACAAAGCUCUGAUGUUCUAAAUUGGUUCACAAGGAACUCCUCUACUCCUUACAGCUACAGUCAUGGAAGGCAGCAUUCACAUCCCCAAGACCGUGACGGCUCUGAACUUCUGCUGGCCUCACCCCAGCCUAUGAAAGAGCAAUUAGGAGUGAGCUGUGGGAUGGAGGCCAGGGUAUGUGGUGGGGCUGUGGUCGGGGGCAUCUGACUCUCUCCUGCUCCUUUUCCUUGGCCAGUGUUUGGACUUGCACAAAGCCUGGAAGAAGCGGAGAGGAUAUAGCACGAGAGUGUAGGUCCUGUGGAAGCCUCUUCCCCAGACUUCUUCCCCCUCCAGGGCUCUCUGCCUGCUGCAGGUGGUGCUCCUUAGGUGGGAAGUAGAAGGAGGGUGAUCAGAGACCUGACAUGUGCGAUCUGGGCAGGAGGGGACGAAACAGGGCAGGGGAGGGGUCCAGGGAGAAGCUGCUGAGUCAUUUCUCAGACUCCACGGAGGUGCAGGCUAUUGCUUUAUUUCUUUAAAGAAGAGAGUAAAAUCUUUCAAGUUCUGAUGAAUCAUCCAGGAAAAUUCAGUGUUGCCUAUUAAAUACAGUAGAUGCUUAAUAAAAGUUAACUCAGUCUGGGUUUAAUCUAUUCUUUCA